CCUCGGAAGCAAAGGAAAACACGACGAGUCGGUAACAGAAUUUGGAUAAUUCCUCAUAGACGACUAAUUCUGAAAAUGAAUAGAUGAUUUUACCAUGAGCAGUCAGAGCAGUGGUGAUCAGCCAGAUGAUUCUGAAAAUGUAGCCCGCCCAGUUAGUUUACCAUCACAAACCCAUGUACACCACAGAUCAUUGGCGAACCUUGCUCAAGGACCCACCACAUAUCAGGGUGCAUUAUCAAAGUCAGCCUUGAAUAGACGGAUGUUGACAGGAGGAACAGGUGCAUCACAACCUGCUCAUCCCUCACAGUUACCUACCAUUCUACCGACAGGUAUACAGAUUGGCAUUUCCAUGGACACUAGCAAGUCACUGUCCACAACAGCCUCCCUGGUGGCAGUGCCACCUCCAACAAUUGUCAGCGUUGGUAUGGCAACGCCAAGUAUUGUACAAAUCAGUGCUACUUCUUCUUCAUCACUUCUCAGCCAGGCUCUUCCCCUGACUGGUAACAUUCGGGGGGCGUCUCAGCACCAGAAUCCAGUAUUCCCGACACAUCUCCCCAGAGGGGCAGCGGCUGCAGCCUCUGUAUUAGCCUGCCCUAAGUCUGUAAUGUCUGCAGUGCCAGUCCUACGUCACAGUGCAGGCGCUAUCCACAUACCGGGUGCCACACCACAUGGUGGCCACACCCUAACAACACCCCGGAGCCAGCUUAUAACCCCAAACAUCCGACCAAAUACACCUCCUCAGACCCACUCCCCGGCAGCCACUGUCAGUCUGGCUGGUGUUCCAACAUCAGAAUCACACAGGGUAGGUAUAUCUGUCCAAGCAUCUGGUGCUUCGAGUUCUGCCUCUAGUAUUCAUAUCAAGCUUCAGUCACCAUGCACCACUGCGGAGCCCCUCACAAAACAGGUCCUGUCUCAAUCAACAAAGCAGAUACAUGUCGCACAGAACCUCAGCUCCGUCCCUAAAGUCCUCAUGUCUCAGGCGGCAGUCACACCUAUCAUACAGCAUUCACUCAAGGCUGCAGCACCAAAACAAAACAAAGCUGCAGUUCCAGCGGUUGUGGCGCCAUCUUUAUCUUCAACAGUCAUCUCCCCUUUGUCUAUUCCCUCUGUAACUCCAGUGACGGCACCGUCUGCAGCCUCUACUAUCCCUAUAGCUAAAGUUCCCCCAGUGCGACAGCCGACAGCAGCUGCCAGCUUAGCUGGAAUCACACGUAUGUCUUUACCUCAAGACACUAGCAGUUCCACACCAAGUCAGCAGCAUGCCAAACAGACCCUCAGUUUACCCCAGGGACAACCUCACACCACACAGACUCAUCCCCAGCCCCAGGGGCAAACCCAUCCUCAACAUUCACAUCCCCAACCCCAGGGACAGACCACCAGUUUUGUCCCUCAGGCACAUCGGCCUGCAAACAUCGCCUUAAGUCAUCCUGUGACACAUGCAGACAUUCGGCCGGAAAGACCUGCAGGGAUCGCCCAGUUGUCCCAGUACCCAAUGACGUUAUUGUCCGAGUACCAACAGAUCAUGUAUCACCAGCUGGCAUCCCAGAUACGACCUGCUCCAACAGGACUUUUGCCAGCUUCUGCACCACAUGGAUUGUCUGUCUCCUCAGCCCAGACGGUCAAGUUCAGUCCGAUGACAGUAAUGGGGGACCCGCUCAGACUACAGACAUUAUCCGUACACACUCCCUUCUCAAGUGCUUCAGUGUCGUCAGUGUCGGACAGUGUUGCGAGGUCAUCAACACCUAAUGAUUCAUCCAGUGGGAUUUCCAGUGCCGCCUCCACUAAUUCCAUUCCUGUUCCGGCCCUCUCUGCAAUUGCCAUGGCAACCUCUUCUGCAGUUUCCAUAGCUCCAACCCUUUACUCGGUGAACCCAGGGACACCUCAUCCAGGCUCCCUGACUCCACAGCAUUCAUCUUCCCAAGGAGCAACGACACCAGUCAGUCAGCCCAAUGCCUCACCACGCCCCAGCAUACUCAGAAAACGUACCAAUGAAGGAAAUGUCCCAGUGAAGAAGCCAGUCUGUGGUCUCAACACAUUGUCUGAAAGACACAGUCCACGACCAGACUCUAGAACAGACUCGGCUCCUCAGUCCAACACUAGUUCUCCAAAGACACCAGCCACACCUGCCGGUGAGAGUCAGUCAUCUACAGACACAGCACUUUCAAGCGAGGCUACGACUCCAACACACAACUCCAUGGGAGACCUAAAAAUAAAACAGGAACCUUUGGACGCAGUGGAAAAUGGGUUUCCAACAGCUGGAGCUAUUGCUGCCUCCCUGUCUGCCUCUCUACCCAACUCGAUGGAAGCGUCUCCUCGAAAGAAACCCAGGAAACAGUUACUACAUGCCAACGAAGAACUGCGUGAUAACUCCUCAACAGACGAGGACGUGGAGAAGGUAGAAGAAAUUAAAGAGGAAGUGGCAAACCCAGUUAAAAAGGAGAUGAAAGAUGAAUAUGUUGAUGAUGAAGGUGUACGGUGGACAAUUGAGAAAACCAAACCUUCCUUGUCUCUACUUAAUUUUUAUAAUAUUUCAUGGAAACCAAAAAACAACCACUUCAACAGAUAUACGGAUGUUAAACCUAAAGAUGAACGAAGGCCCACAGUCAACGAACUCUCCAAUCAGAGAGGAGUAAUGCAGAAAGCCAGUGGUUGGAAGCUGUUCCAUGUGGCUGCUCAGCUGGAUGAUCUUACGGAGCUUGAAAGGACUCUAAACAGUAAGGUGCUGACACUACAAUCCUCUCUGGCCCCACAGCCACCUUCUCGUCACAGUCUAAUGGAAGACGACCUCGGCCUUCUGCAUGAACUUACGCAGGGUAACAUCCAGCGUUCACGGCUUAUAUCAGACCAGCUGGAGGAAGCUAAAUCUAACAUGUUCAAAGUGCUGGACCACAAAACCAAAAUUACAGAGAUUAUUAAUAAACACAUGAGUAAAAGACCUAUCAAGAAGAAGGAGAGAACGUAGCAGGAAAACAGAAAAUUUUACAGACAAAUGUGUUCAAAAAUAGGAAACAUAGGGCAGUUAGUAUGACCUUUGACCCUUCCUCAGAGGAAAAGGAUCUUCAUGGUUCUGAGGAAAAAAUCCAAAGACGUACAUGAUCUAGAGCUCUCUGAGGAAUCUGCAGUCAGUACACUGUUAGAAGUACUGUGCUACAGAAUAAACAGAUAGAAAACACAAGGGGAUGUGUGGAAAGAAGACUGUUUUUUUAUUGUGAAUGAAAUUGUCACGUCAGGUUGGUUUCUAGAAAUUGAUUUGGUCCUUUGGAAAAUGAACAGAAAGUUGGAGGGAAUGCCAGUCUACAGUUUGAUAAUGAUUCUGAUGAACUGUGAAAGGAUAUCAGAGACUGAGAAGCUUCUAUAACAAAGUGAAGUUUUACUGUAAUAUGAAAACUGGGAAAGAAAAGGGAAAAGCCUGGUCAUAAUGGAAACGAAAAAGGACGAACGUGUAUACAGUAAUAGACUUAUUUUGUGUGGAAAAAUGAAUUUUAUACAAAUGAUGAAGCCUAGUUUAGAGUUUUAAAGAUUAUGAUUGGACGACGAGGCCAUAAAGAAUCAUGGAGGAAAGGAUUCGUUUUCUGUUUAAUUGUGAAUGUGAUUGUGCAAACAAAAGCUGGAGCAGAUUGACGAAGGAUUUUUAAAAUGUAACGGAAGAAAACGGCAUAUAUAUAUAUACAAAUAUAUAGCAUGAGAGAGUAGGUUUAUGAGAUAUAGAAAUCUUCAGAAAUGAAAUAGUUAUUGAAGAAUGUAAUAUAAAAAUCCUGCAGAUUGCCUUCGUUUGAAAACUAGCUUCAGUUCACACCUGUGGUACCAAAGGACUUUUACCAUAGACAAAGGCAGGAAGAGUCGACUUUAAUGAGAAGGGUGUGAUAGGUUGUGAGAAAGUUCCCCAUUUAUUAGAGGUUGCGAGAAUAUAUGAAAUGCUAAUUAGAUUACUGUGAAUCAAUCAAGUCCUUGUUAAAGGUGUACUUUCUCCAGGUCUAUAUAAUGUAUUAAUAAAUUCAUAUGUAUUAAAUGUUGAAGGAGUCCUCAUUUAAUACGGAAA